AUUGAUACUCUGGCUGUUGAGCUAGGUAUUGAUGAAAAGAAGCUCAUGCGCAAGAUCGAUUGGCAUGUACUUCCAGUACUGUGUGGAUUUUACCUUCUUCAGUCCAUUGACAAGGGCAACAUCGGUCUUGCGAAAUUGGGAGGCAUCCAAGAUGAUACUCAUACCUCUGGUUCGUUGUUCAACUGGGCUGUCUCCAUGUUUUAUUUGGGAUAUGUUGUUGCGGAAAUACCAUGCAAUUUGGCAUUACAAAGGAUAAACCCUCGGUGGUGGAUUAGUUCCAUUGGUUUGUGCUGGGGCGUUGUGGUUUGCUUGAUGUCUUUGACAAAAAGCUUCGCCACCUUGUCCAUAGCUCGCUGCUUCUUGGGUGUAUUUGAGGCUGGCGUUCUACCUGCUUCAGUAUUGAUCACAGCACUCUGGUAUAAGCGAUCGGAGCAUGCUCUUCGAACCGCUAUAUGGUUUUCUUUCUCCUCGCUUGGCACAGCUGUGGGUGGUUUGAUCUCCUAUGGUAUUCAAAGCCAUUUAGUGAAUACAAGUAUUCGUCCCUGGCAGUGGCUAAUGAUUAUAGAAGGAGUCUUUACAAUCGCUUGGGCCUUGGUCUCCUACAUUAUAUGUCCAAACGUACCUGAAAAAGCUGGAUUUUUGACGGAAAAUGAACGAACUUUCAUUCUCAAUCGUCAGCGACUGGACAAGACUCAGACGUCUCUUACCUUUGAUAGACGUCAAGCAAUCGAAGCCAUUUUAGACUACAAGACUUGGUUUUUGUUUUGCAUUUAUUUUAUUUGGCAAGCUGUGAAUAUUGCCUUCUCUACAUUCAACCCAUCCAUCAUUGCUGGUUUGGGUUAUAGCAAUCUCAACGCACAGCUACUAUCAGCGCCUUUUGCCCUAUUCAAUUUACUUAUUCAGCUUGUUGUGUCGUGGAGUUCUGACAGGUUCAAUGAUCGAAGUUAUCAUCUUAUUGCCUGUGGCUUGUUAUCUAUUGUUGGCUAUGUGUGCAUCGUCGCCAUUCCAACCACUCCACAAAACUCUGGGCUACUUUACGGUCUUCUUUUCUUCACUUCAUUCAACUCGGGAUCACUGACUUUAAUUCUCGGUUGGAUGACUAAUACCAUCAUUGGUCACACUAAGCGCGUUGUCGCUUCUUCCAUCAUCAUCAUAGGAUCUUCACUGGGUGGCUUCGUCGGCUCCUUGAUUUACCAAGAUGGGCAAUAUAGCCGUGGCCAUAUCGUUAACCUUACCUUAAUUUCAGUAGCCUUGAUACUGGCUGCUGUGCUUCGCUCACUUCUCAUGUGGGAAAACCGACGUCGUGAUAAACUUGCGAACGAGGAUCCGUCACUGGCUCGCGUAGAAAACCUUGUGGAGGAUGUGGAUAUGAUUGUAAAGGAAAACUUUACGGACAAAGACCCACGUGUAAGAUAUAAUCUCUAGUAUAAAAUUAUUGCUGUAACGUAUAGAUACAAUAUACAUAUAUAAACCAUAUGUGUGAAUGAA